AUAUUCAGCGCAAGAGGACAACAUAAUAACACAACGUCGCAGAUAGAAAUGGAAUGUAUAGGCCUGACACUAGGCUACUCUUCCGGUCUACAAUACAGACCUAUCUGUUCUACCGAUCGCUUUUCCAGAUUCUGCACAGUUGCGCCCUCUCUGAAUGACCCACGCGUCUGUACGCAUUCAGACGACACAGCUCCUGGAAUCAUGGCGGACGGUCACAGCAACAACAAUCAUGUCCCUGUUUUGCUUUCAUUUUCGGCGUUUUCGCGGCCGUCCUCUGUGCCUGUUGGUUCUGGAUAUGAAGUGCUCAUUCAAAAGUUUUUGUCAAUCUACGGACGCCAGAUUGACCUCCAUCGUAAAUUCAUGAUUCAAUUGUAUUCGGACGAGUGGGCACAGUACAUUGAUUUGCCGAAAGGAUUCAUCAUAUCUGAGAAAUGCAAGCUACGAUUUGUACCUUUGGAAACGGAUGUGACAGUACUGGGGAACCUGAUCCCUGCCACCACGGUUUUCUUCUGCUGUGACAUGCAGGAAAGAUUCCGCCCAGCUAUCAAGUACUUCGGUGACAUCAUCAGUGUGGGACAGAGACUGCUUCAGGGGGCUCGUAUCCUGGGGAUUCCCGUCAUCGUGUCGGAGCAGUACCCCAAAGGCCUGGGUAGCACUGUGCAGGAGAUGGACCUUACUGGAGCCAGGCUGGUGUUCCCUAAGACCAAGUUCUCCAUGGUGCUGCCUGAGGCUGAGGCAGCCCUGGCCGACCUGCCGGGGGUCCGCAGCGUGGUGCUGUUCGGGGUGGAGACCCAUGUGUGCAUCCAGCAGACAGCCCUAGACCUGCUAGCGAGGGGUUUCGAGGUACACAUGGUGGCAGACUCCACCUCAUCCCGUAGCAUGAUGGACAGAAUGUUUGCACUGGAGCGAAUGGCUCGCACCGGGAUCAUUGUCACCACCAGUGAGUCUGUCCUCCUCCAGCUGGUAGGCGACAAGGAGCACCCGAAAUUCAAGGAGAUCCAGAAUAUCAUCAAGGCCAGCGCCCCCGAGUCUGGCUUGCUUUCUAAGGUCUAGACUAAGCCACACAUGGUCAAAAAGGAAAAGGUAGAAUGUGUCCUUAUCCACUUAUCCCAGAUACAGCUCGGGGCGGCAGGGUAGCCUAGUGGUUAGAGCAUUGGACUAGUAACCGAAAGGUUGCCCCUGAACAAGGCAGUUAACCCACUGUUCCUAGGCUGUCAUUGAAAAUAAUAAUUUGUUCUUAACUGACUUGCCUGGGAAAAUAAAGGUAAAAUAAAUAAUUUUACCUUUAUUUAUUUAUGUUUAUAUUCUUGUAGUGGCUAAGGAUAGAACGUCUAGAUCUGUGGUUAAAUUAGUAUGUCAUGGUUAAGGUUAGGAUUGAAGGGUAGGGAUAUCUGUGGUUAGGGACAACUUCUACCAUCAAGCAGUGACAGAGAACCAAGAGGAAUCGAGAGGUUUAAAGUGGCAAUCUGCAGUUGCUUAAUAUAUUUUUGGAGUUAUAAUUGAAUUAUAUGUACCCAUUGAUUCUUGAAGAAUAUAACUUGGAAAUGCCUCAUGACCUUAGUUCAGCUGUCACAGUCCAUGAGAACCCAAAAUAUAACCGUAUUUUAUUCCAAUGUUUGUAAACAACAAUAUAUAUAUAUUGCAUCCAUAGCUCUGUCUAUGGAUUUGAGUGGUUAUGUUUCACCAGCCCCUCCCUUAUCUUUUUUUCUGCUGAUUUGAUGCUUUAAGGUGAAUUGGGGGAUGGACCAGUUUUCUUUCAGUCCUGGUCUGGGAAGGGGAUGGACCAGUUUUCUUUCAGUCCUGGUCUGGGAAGGGGAUGGACCAGUUUUCUUUCAGUCCUGGUCUGGGAAGGGGAUGGACCAGUUUUCUUUCAGUCCUGGUCUGGGAAGGGGAUGGACCAGUUUUCUUUCAGUCCUGGUCUGGGAAGGGAAUGGACCAGUUUUCUUUCAGUCCUGGUCUGGGAAGGGGAUGGACCAGUUUUCUUUCCGUCCUGGUCUGGGAAGGGGAUGGACCAGUUUUCUUUCAUUCCUGGUCUGGGAAGCUCAUUGCGUAUGCAGUAUUUCACUCCAGCUGGAGUAAAUAUUGUGAAAAUCCAACCUUGUUGUCGGGAAGGACUUGUCUGGAACUGGAAGUGCUCAUUGAGGUGAUGUCGUAGGACCACUACAUUUCCACUGACCAGUUUCAUGUGGGUUUGAUAAACACCGGGUCUCAGACUAGGUUUGGGAAACCUUGGCUGGGCUUAUUUGUGUACCAAUGAUAUUUAUGCACUGAGCGUUCCAGCCUGCCCGAGCGCAUGGGGGAUUAAGUGCUUGCUUCAUGUGACUGGUAUAUUGUAUGUGAGUCAGGGUAUGAUGUAGAAAAAUGAAUAAAUAUGAUAUAUUUCCUAAUGUAUAAUUCCUGUUUCCCUUUUUUGUCAACAGCUCACAGCAUGACAGUAAUUCGGGAAUUGAACUUCCUCAUCUAUUUUUACUAUGUGUUCAGUGGCAUGCCGUAUUCUCUUAUCUGCCUGUAAUGAAAAGGGGGAAAAUAAAUAUAAGAAAUUGUUGAGA